AUGGCCACUGAUUUCUGGGCCAGUUCGCACUACAAACGAUGGAUAGUGGACCGCGCUACCUUGAAGGAGUCUCGUUCAGAUGACCUACAAUACGUGGAUGAUCCGGAGUACCUCGAUUUCUUUGCAAUCUUCUUUGCGAAUGGUGAGUGUAAUACACAUGCGAAUGCGGACUGA